UGCGGGUUCCGGUGGCGGCGACUGGAGGGGGGGUUAGGGUACGGACGGACGGAUGAACACAGGCGGAUGUGGUGCGCGGUCGGUACCGGCCGGAGACGGAUGAGUGGAACCGGCGACGGAGGAGGAGAAAGAAGAGGAGGAGGAGGAGGACGCACCGGAUCAUGUGUGGUUUUCCUUUUUUUUUUUUUUUUUUUUUUUUCGUGAUGCGUUGGGAUUUGCUACUUCCCCGUGAAGAGGCGGACCCGUGAGCCGCUCUCCUCACUAUGCCCCAGCUGUCCCCGGUGUUUGGGUACUGUACGGGCUGGAAGUACCGGGACUGUUCUCACGCCGCCACUCGUGGGCCUACUUUCGGAUCUACCACAGCGGAUUCCUCUGCUGGUGUCAGCCGGUGACGGACCACCCUGCUCUGCUGUGGUGGUGGUUGUUGGUGGUGGAUUCUCCUCCGGGUUUUUUCCCGUGGGUUUUCUCUUGGACCGGGGGGUUCCUCCGGUGCUCCUGCAUGUGCGUCUCGUGCCCACUCGGAUCCUAAACCGGGUUUUCUCCCCCUCCCUCCCUCCCUCCCUCCUCCCCCCCACCCCCCUCGGACGCAGCAGUCAUGGGGGGCCGGCUCCUGCUCCUGCUCCUGCUCAGACCCCCUCAGGACCCUGCCGUCGGCUGGGGCUGGUGUCUGCUUCUGAACUAGAGGUGCACGCGGUGGAACUGUCAUGCUGCAGUUUUUUUUGUUUUUUUGUUGUUGUUUUCUUUCCACGCGCCUGUGGGCUCCCGUGGGUUAGUGUGUGACUGCUAAUGUUGCAGCUGUGAGCCGCUGAACUGCUCUCACUGCGGGGAUUCGGCUGCUGUUCUGUGGACUGGACUGGCUGUGGUUGUGUGGUCCAGUCCAGACCCUCACACAUUAUUAUCAGCAGCAUCAUCCUCCUCCUUUGAUUCCCCCCCCCCUUUCCCCCCCCUUCCCCCCCUCCCUCACCCCCUCCCACGGAUAUUUUUUCACCUUGUUUCCAUCAUGAGUAUCAUCCACCCGGUGCUCUACCUCCUGCUCCGUGGACUCGUCAUCUAUGCGGUACUGGGCUCCGAGUGCACCGGCUCCACUCACCUACCGGCGGAUGCAGCCAAUGUAGCCAGAACAGACCCCUGUCUUAAUGUGAUGCCGCCAUGCAUGGGCGAGGCCGACCGCUUCAGUCUGGAAGCCCUGCGCCACAUCCACAAACAGCUGGACGACGACAACGACGGAGGGAUAGAGGUCAACGAGAGCGUGGAGUUUAUAAUAGAAGACAUGAAGCAGCAGCAAACCAACAAACACAGCAACCUGCACCGUGAAGACCAGCACAUCACAGUGGAGGAGCUGUGGAAAGGCUGGAAGACAUGUGAAGUCCACAACUGGACGACGGACGACACGGUGCAGUGGCUGAAGGAGGCGGUGGAGCUGCCUCAGUACGAGAAGAACUUCCGGGAGUUUCGAGUCACGGGGAACACGUUACCUCGAAUAGCGGCCAACGAGCCGUCGUUCAUGUCGAUGCAGUUGAAGAUCUUAGACCCGCGGCACAAACAGAAGUUAAACCUGAAGGCGUUGGACGCCGUUCUGUUCGGUCCGCCACUACGUCCACAACACAACUGGAUGAAAGACUUCAUCCUGAUGGUUUCCAUAGUGAUCGGCGUGGGCGGCUGCUGGUUCGCCUACGUCCAGAACAAGUCCAGUAAAGUCCACAUCUCCCAGAUGAUGAAGGACCUGGAGAGUCUGCAGCACGCCGAGCAGAGCCUGUUCGACCUGCAGAGCCGGCUGGAAAAGGCUCAGGAGGAGAACCGGACCGUCGCCGUGGAGAAGCAGAACCUGGAGCAGAAGAUGAGGGACGAGAUCACAGGCGCCAAAAACGAAGCCCAUCGGCUCCGGGAGCUGAGGGAGGGGGCGGAGUGUGAGCUGAGCCGCCUCAAGUACGCCGAGGAGGAGCUGGUCCAGGUCCGUAAGGCCCUGAAGCGAGCGGAGAAGGAGAUGCAGUCGGAGCGGUCGGUGCCAGAGGCCCUUCAGAAGUGGCUCCAGCUCACCCACGAGGUGGAGGUCCAGUACUACAACAUCAAGAAGCAGAGCGCCGAGUUCCAGCUGUGCGUCGCCAAGGACGAGGCAGAGAAAAUAAAAAAGAAGAGAGGUUCUGUUUUUGGAACUCUACACGUCGCCCACAGUUCGUCGCUGGAUGAGGUCGACCACAAGAUACUAGAAGCAAAAAAAGCCCUGUCGGAGGUGACGGCGUGCCUCAGGGAGCGUCUGCACCGUUGGCAGCAGAUUGAGAAGCUGUGUGGUUUCCCUGUGGUCAAUAACUCGGGCCUGCCCAGUCUGACGGCCAGCCUGUACUCAGACCACAGCUGGGUGGUGAUGCCCCGGGUGUCCGUGCCCCCCUACCCCAUCGCAGGAGGCGUGGACGACCUGGACGAGGACACGCCCCCCAUCAUUCCGCAGUUCACAACGGCGGCGUUGAUCCGACCCCCCCUGACCCGGAACAGCAGCCUGUGUCGGUCCCGCCGGAGCCUCCUCAGCUCCCCCCAGUCCUCCAUGAUGUCCCCAGACCCGGACCUGCUGUCCAUGGCCAGCUCGUCCCUCUCCUAUCGCCCCGAGGCCGACGACGAACAUAUCAUGUUCAGCUCGGAUAGGAGGGGGUAUGUAGCUGUGGCCGGAACGCCGCGGAAUGGUUUUACAGUUUGGACUUACAGGGAGGCUCCUCAGGACGCCGGCUCUGACACUGACUCCCUGAACUCGUCCCUGGGUCGUAAGUCUCUGCAGAACCCGCCCGGCUCGGAGACGCCGUACCGGAAGAUCUCCCGCGAGGAGCUGCUGCUGUUCAGCCAGAGCGCCGAGCUCCCAGUGUCCAGCCCCGCCCCCACACCAACCCCCAGCACCCACACCAGCAGUGGCAGCAGCAGCGGGAGCCUCAGGGACUCCGCCUCCACACCUCCCCCUCCGGCCCCGCCCCCGUCUGGGCCGCCGUCCACCUCGCCGUCCCCAGCGCUGGAGCACCACUCCUUCGCUCACAGCGGCUCGCCCGACCUCACCCGCAUCAUCCCCGAGUCCCAAAGCGCACAGUUCUCACAGGGGGGCGUGGCCUCUCCGACAGGGAAGGGCGUGUACAACGGCGUCCUGGAGAAGUCCUACAGCUUCGGCCAGCUGCCCGCCAGCAUGCUGCCCGCCGUGGGCCGCCACCCGUCGCUGACCUCCCUGGACUCGGGCGUGGGGCGGGACUACAAGCUGCAGAGCACCUCCUCCCAGGACUCCAGCGACAAUGGAGAGAAAAUGAAGCGCUCCUCUUCCAAAAUCAAAAGUCUAUUUAAGAAGAAGAAAUAAAACUUACAGCGCCAGGUAGAGAGAAAAGUCCGUUACACAGAGUGGUUUUAGCGCUAAUACUAAAAAUGGACAUGGCUGAAGCUAAAACAUGUCGUUUUCUCUCUUUUUUUCGUCAUCGGAGAUGGAAUGUAGCUCAGUCUGAGAGGCUUUCAAAGCCCCUGACUGGUAGCCUUAUUUUCAACAAUGCCUUUUUAUUUAGUUCACUCAUAGCCUCACGGGGGGAAACCUGCAGGUCAACCAAGUGUCAAUGAAAGGUCAAAGGUCGUGGCCGUUGUCGUCCAGACCGCCGACGCUCACGGACCCUUCACUGUCUGUUAUGUUUGAGUUUGAACCAAAAAGCCACUAUGUGUAGGGUCUAAAGGUGCAGUCCAUGCCAUGAUGCGUUUACUUACCUGUGUGUAUGUAGUGUUUCACCGUUUCUACUGAAGUGACUUUUCAGUAACAGAACAAACAACGUCACAGAUUUAUUCACUUUGGCCAAAUUAACCCUUCGCUAAGUCCCUUUAACGUCGAUACGUCUGAAAAAAACUGUUUUUACAGGUUUUACGUCCGAUAUAUUAAAGGAAAUAAGAAUAAGAGCACUUUUCUGUAGUAACAGUCAUGAACGGACCUCGCACUGAGGCUAGAUGCUAACGUUAGCAAACAAAGGCUGUUGGACAUUCAAUGACAGCGGUUUUAAGGGAAGGAAGAGAAAAUCUUUGCAAUAAUAGAUAAAACAGUAAAUAUCAGACGUUAGCUUGUUUAGCACACUGUUUUUAGCCAAUGAGGGAUGUGUGCUUCGACUUAAAGUUGGGUCGUAUGUUAAUACUUGAGGCUAAAGUAAAGACAAUAUAUCAUAAACGAAACACCAGAAAGACACAUUUUCCUUUGUUCGCUAAAAGCUGUGUGCUAAACUAACUAUUGUUAGUUUCCUUUACGUGAUUUACACUAUUUUGUCAGACUUGAAUGGUACAAAACUACCUAAACUUAACUUUAAUAACGUCAUUAAUAUUCAAUUCUGUCUGUUUUGUAACGAUGCUAAGCUAAGCUAGCAAAUGGAUGCUAACAUUGUCAUGUGGAACUAAAUUCAAUCAAAUUGUGCUUAAACAUGUUCUAGUCGAUAUUUCACAACUACAUGCAUCGUUAUUCUCUUUAGAAAAUGUUUUAUUCUGUAGUUAAUACAGUUUUAAGUUCUCAAACAGCCUCAAAUUAAAAUACAAUAAAGUAAAAACCUAAGACCCACGUUCAUUAUCACAGAGUAACCUUUGCUAAUGUAGCAUUGGUGAGUGGGAGGGGCUUAGCGAAGGGUGGUCUAGGUUUCGUUUUCCAGACGCUGGAUUGCAUCUUGUGAAGUGUUUUAGGGCCUUCCUGAACUCCUGUACUUGAUUAAUUUCCUUUGGAAAAAAAAACUCCUGCUAAACGUUUGUUGCACUACUGCUUUCCUAGUGUUUACGGGAAAGAGCCGCUGCUCGCGGAAGAAACUUCUAGAGAUGAGAGGAGGUGAUGGGCGGCGGCACCGCAGACGCCACAGACGACGCCAGAGCCACAGUUUUCUGAUGCGUCCUCAGUGCCAACGCUUAUCACCGCCUCAAUAUAUGAAUAUAAAUAAAUAUAUAUAUAUAUAUAUACUUUGUUUUCACAUCCUUUUGUUGUAGAUGUUUUUGAAUAGAUUUCUACGGAUGGAGGUUCAACAGCUGAAGGUUAUUGAAUAUGCAGAUUUAACCCAUCAAUGACCUGAUCAUCGUCCAUGUAAUCGAUACUACUUGAGUAACUGCAUCCUGUAGCCACACCUCCAUGUUCUGUCUUAAGCCCCGCCCCUUCGACCGCUCGGUGUCGCCGUCGGAUUUGGGUCAAACUGUGCAAAUAUUUGUCACAUUUAAGUAAAACUAAAUUGUUCACAAGUGAUUUUUUUUUUCAUUCUUUAACAACAAAUGUUCACGUUGUAGUGUAACCUAAAUAAGUACAAAUACAGAAGUUUUAAGUAUUUUUCUAAUAUUUUUAAUUUUACUUCCUCAAUUUUAACAAGUGUCUUUACUUUCAAAACAGGGUCAUUUUAGUUUUAAGGCAUUUGAGUGAAAUUAAUGAGUUUUUAUUUGGCUAAAUGGGUAAAAUAAUGAUAAUAGAAAAUCCUUCAUUACAUCGAACAUGUUGUCGUUUUUUGUUCAGUUUAAUGUAAAUGUUUUCAUGUAAUUGUACUUUUUUUUACACAAACUAAAGUUUACAUGUCGGAGUUGAUCUGGUGAAUGAAGUUAAACUACGAUUUCAGUCAAACUAACACGUUUAGACGCACUUUUAAAGUCCAGUGUUUGUCAGAUUAACGCAAUAAUUUGAUACUGAUGCUAAUUGUAAGACAAUUCAUUCUGUCGGAGUCGUUUUAUCAUGUGGGCGGAGUUUCGUUAAAAAUACAGAAGAAGGAAAUACCUGUUUGUAAACGUAUCUGUCGUUGUGGACGUCGAGGCGUUAAAUCGCGUUUUCCCGUCGUUCGUCUCUGGGUUCAGUUUCUCUUUUUAAGACAUUUUCAAGUUCAUCAUUUUUUUUCUGUAUCGUAAAAUUCCGUCUCCGUCGUGACCCAGAUCCGACGCCGACACAGAGUUUCGCCGCCGCUGCUCUCUAAGCUCGACGCCGACCCGUGCAAUACGACCCCUGACCCCCGUGACCUUUGACCCCUGACCUCCGGGCUGCACCGAGCGCUGAUGUCAACCGUCCUGCUUCACACUGUGACUUCUGCCUCCUCCAUCGCUUCAUCCUGGACCGGGUUCUGCUCGACGGGUCAUGUGACUUUACCGUUUCCGUGGCGAUGCGCCGGAACAGUCAGGGCGUCGACGCGGCGACAGGACGAUGCGAUGACGCCAGGAUUCAGUGGCCUCUGUUUUAACAGAAAGAAAAAGAUAAAUAUAUAUAUUAGCUAUUUGGAAAUUGACGGACUGAACAGCACACGUUGAAGGAAGACGACGACGAAGACGAGGAAACGAAUGUUUACGAGACAUUAGGGUUUUUUGACAACAUUUUGUGUGUGAAUAUUUGUAUACUGUAGAAGAAUUAAUAAAAAAAAUGGAGACGUUUCAAAGCC